AUGAAGACGAACGUGAUGUAAGAGCAUUAAACCAACUUUUAAUGUACAUGUUUUUUGAAAAUUCCGACUAUGGCUAUUAUUUUGAAUAUUAUUCCGAUAAUGAAAACACAAGCUUUGUUAAGAUUAUCGAAAAAGUCGAGUAUAUACAUCACAUAGAAAAUUUGAAAAAAUAUAUUCGAAAAACUGGAUGUACUUCUCUGGAAGAGAUCAACAUUAGUCCAACAAUAAGUGAACAAGAAUUGGCUCGUAAAAUAUUUUUCAAAAUAUUUACAGUGCAAUUCCAAACAUACAGUAGUGAAGGAUGGAAUAAUUAUAAAUUGAACGAUAAGAUCGAAACGACAAGUGGAAAAAUUGGGGGGAAAAAAUUUUCUUAUAGACCUAACGCCUUUAUAGAAACGACAAACAAACGUGCUAUUUUACAAAUUAAGUGUCCUGUUUCUUAUAUCAGAACGGAUCCAUUUCCAAAUUUGAAUGACGACUUUGACAAGCGCAAAUUGGAUCAAAUUCUAAUGUAUAUGAUCAUGGAACGCUGCGCACAUGCAUUUUAUUUUGAAUAUUAUGCACAUGAUACAGGAAAGAAUCUGAUUGAAUAUAUUAAUAUAAACGAUUAUACAGAGUAUUUAAAAAAAUUGAUUAAAUAUAUAUCAGAACAUAAUCAAGAGCCUCGUUCCGUAACACGCUAUUUAGAAGAGGUGAAAUACAAUUUUCCUAACAGGGGUGACCAAGAGUUAAGUGAUAUGGAACAUGGAAUAAACAUGAAAAACGAAGCUAAGUUAGUGUUUAAUCUUAAAAUGCAACUUCCACCUGAAUGGAAUGACGCACAUUUCCAGUCCGGGGGGCCCACUUAUGGACUGAUUAAUGAACUACACUUUUUAUACAUAACCUUUGGACGAUUUUCUUCCAGAAAUAACAAAACAGCUGUUUCUCUAAAAAAAGAUUUCCCACAAACAACAGGCAGGACCACGAUGCCAGAAACGCAAGAAGAUGAGCCCUUGCUUGAUCAAUUACUUAUGUGUAUGCUUAUGGAAAAUUGUGAAUAUGGUUUUUACAUCGAAAAUUAUACUCAAACUAAUAAUACAGCGAUAUUUGAAAUAUCAAGAAGUAAUGAACAAAUUCGAAUUAGGAACCUGAUGGAAUAUAUUAAUAUGAAUAGAUUUGAAGGGAUUACUUGUGUAGAAAAUUAUAUAUAUAGGAUGUAUAAUAACCCUAAUGAAAACGCGUAAUAUCUUUGGAACCAGGACUGGCGCUACAAUUUACGACUUUAUUCAAAACAUAAUUUUAAACAGAUAGAAACUAAUAUAUUUACAUUUAUUAUAAUAUUAUUAUUAUUAUUAUUAUUAUUAUUAUUACUAUUAUUAUAUUACUAUUCUCAUGUUUUUAGAGAGAUUUAACUUUCUUUUAGGCACAACUAAAUAUUAGAAAAAAACAACUAUCUACGUCACUAACUAAAUAAAAUAACUUAUAAAUAAUUUAUAAGUUUCAAUGUAAAUCUGAAUAUUGAACACAAAUGUACUUAAUUUAUAAUUAUUUUUAAUUAUUACUUAAAGGUAAAAAAAGAAUGCAGUAAAAAUGUGUGACGACCCGGUGGUGACAAGCGCGUGAGCUGCGUGUGGUACUGAACAGCACUUAGACAUUGCAACAUUACUUUAUUUUUCUAAAGUAAAAAAUAAAAUAAAGUUAUUCCUUAUUACAUCAGCUGCCUGCCAAUAAAAGUCCCGUCAAAAUCGGUUAAGCCACUUCAGAGAUUAGCGGGAACAAACAGACAGACAGACAAAGAAACAAAAAUUGUAAAAAAUGUUAUUUUGGGGCAUGUACCGUAUUUAUAUUCAUAUGCAUGUAGUAAAAAGCGGUUAUUUCAA